AUGAAUAGUGCAGAGGAAGAGAAUAAAUCUCUACUAUUGAAAGUUUCGGAGACUUCAGAUGGGAUCCAACAAGCUCAGACCACCGUACAAGAACUAAAAGAGCAGCUCGCUGAGAAAGAAGGCGAACUUUUACUUCUGACUGAGAAGGACAGCCAAUCACAGUUGCAAAGAAAAGAACUAGGAGAAACAGUAGCGACACUGCAGAGGGACCUAGAGUCAGUUCGUUCUCGUAUAAUAGAUCUUGAGAGAGAUUCAGAAGCGGAAAAAUUAGUUGCAGCUAUCACGAAAGAAGAACUUGAGAGAGAGAAGCAAGAGAAAUCAGAAUUGUCGAAUCAGAUCACCAGUGUCGAGAAAGCAUUGGUAGAGAAAGAAGCUGCUUACAAUUGGCUGAAAGUGGAAAACAUGCAGAUCUACGAACUAGAAGCUCAAGUGGAAUCCUUACAACAGCGGGUCACAGAUUUAAGUGUGAGUAAGGAUGCAGAGGAAGAAAACAAAGCCAUCUCCUCGAAAAAUUUGGAAACUACGGACAAGCUUGAACAGACGCAGAACACCAUACAAGACCUCAGGGAUGAAUUGGGAGAGUUGAAAGACCGACACAAAGAGAAAGAGAGUGAGCUUUCUAGUUUGGCAGAGGCACACGAGAAAUUUAAGAGAGAUUCACAAGUGGAAAAAUUAGUUGCAGCUAUCACGAAAGAAGAACUCGAAGGUGACUUGGGAAAGUUGAAAGACCAACACAAAAAGAAAGAGAGUGAACUUUCUAGUUUGGUGGAGGUACACGAGGCCCAUAAGAGACAUUCCUCAACUCAGGUUAAAGGAUUAGAAGCACGGUUGGCAUCAGCAGAGAAACAGGUUAUAGAAUUGAACAAAAGCUUGAACAGUGCAGAGGAAGAGAAAAAACUGCUAUUAAUCAACAUUAGUCAUCUAAAAAAAAAGUAA